AUGUCCAAAACACCCAAACUUGAAUAAUUUUUGACCAAUACUAAUUAAGAAAUUGAUAAUGAUUACAUCUUUCACCAUUACAUCUCCUCAAACUAAGAGGAUUUCAAAGAAUUUAACUAAUCCAAAAACCCAUAGCAAUCCCUUUGUGGAGCACAUGUCCCUUAACAAACACUUUCAUUUCAAUGCUUUGAUUGUGCUCCCGAUCCUCAUCACAUGUACUGUGGAAACUGCUUUUAGUUGGAAUUGCAUCAAAACCAUAGAGCAUUUUUUAAGAAAGAAGCAAAUGGUUGUUGUGAUUGCGGGGACCCUACUGCAAUCGCUAACAGGGAUUCAUUUUGCAAAUUACACAAAGAAUAGAAAAUUGAUAUCACAUAAGAAAUAUCAAAGGUUAAACCAAAUUUGAGAGAAGCAAUAUUAAGGUUUCUAAAAGACUCCUUUUAAAUUUAUUUUUCAAAAUGCGAAGAGGGUUUGAGUUUAGUAUCCAAUAUUCCUAAUCCAUUUUUAUUAUAAUGUCGUCACAUUAGUCACAUAAUAAAUUAUAAGUAGGUUUAUAAAUUAUUAAACAAUCAUUACAAUAUAGGAAAUAUUUAUUAAACUAUUUUAUCAUCAAUUCGUAUUUCAGAUAUUAUCAUUGAUUUUUUAUGUUGGCUUUGUAAAGACAGGACUUGCUUUGCUUUACUAAUAGCCGGGUUUCUGAAAUCUCAAUACACUGAUGGGGUUACUUACUUCGAAUAAAUCAUUCAUUAUUAAUAAUUAAAAAUAUUUUUAGAUUUUGAGAAUGACAGUAAGUUUGAUAAAUUGCUUUAUAAUUUGAAUAUAGAUGAGAAUUUUAGGUUGUUUACCCAAGAAGUUUUUUUGACGAGACAGGAUGAUUUAUGGAAAUCUUUUGAAAUUGAAACUUUUGAUGGAGCAGUAAUUAUUGAGGAGUUCAUUUCAUCAUUUGAAAAUUUUGUUUAAACUGGCGUAUUUUAUACCAAGGAGAAAAAUUAGUUAUUAUUAUUUGAGAAUUAUUUUAAAAAGUUGAACACUUGCAAAGAAAAAUAUAUAGCGUAUACUAUUAAAGCCGCUAAAUUCUUUUCAAUGUAAUCUUAAUUUGUUUCAGAAGAGUUUUAGGACAUUCAAUUCACAUCUCCAAAAAUAAAGAAUUUAUUAGAUAUGAAUACUAAACUAUAAAACAUAUUAAAUACUUGCCAAUUGGGCAAUUUAGACGAUUGUUAUUCAAUGCUAGAAUUCUUUUCUUUAAAAUUUUAAUACAAUUACUUUAUAAAGAGUUUUAACAACACUUUAUCUCAGUUGUUUCAAAAUUAUUAAACUUAACAGUUGACAAUUGAAGAAAUUGCUUCACUAAACCCUGAACAAUUUUUUUUAACAGCACUAUUUAAGAGUUAAAGUCAUACCAAAGGAUUUUCUAAUUCAAAUAAACUUUACUAGCCACUUAUAUCAGAAACAUAAAUAUAACUUAAUCUUUUAUACUUGGAAUCAAGAUACUUAAACAUCAUGAAAUAGUGUUUGGCAAAAUAUUUAGCAUCUCCAUAAACUACAACGGUGGCUAAAUCAAACUUCAUCAAUAUCUUAUUCUAUUGGUCUUAUGAAUUAAUAAGGACAAAUAAAAAUAAUAAAGAAUAAUACAAUUAUUUACCUGAAUUCUAUAAAAAUAAUAUUCAGACAAAUACUGAGAAGGACCAAUAGAAUACUAUUAUUCGAUUAAAUUACUGUAUUUAUAGAAGUGGAUCAAUAAUUGAUAAAUAUUUCAUCAUUCUUUUAACUUAUUUAUUUCAAUAAAAUGAAUUUUAAUCAUCAAAUUAAUUUAGAAAGUAUCUUUAAACAACUUUGAAAUAAGAUGAGUAAGAAUUACAAUUCAAUUUAUCCAACAUCUUUGAAAGAUGUGUGCACAAUUUCAUAAGCCUUCUCUAUACUCCUUUGCAUGAGCAAGUUUCUAACACCUACUUUACCAUAGGAAAAGAAUAGCCGGAAUCCUAUGAUAUAGCUUUUAUCAAAUUCUAUUUCAUUCUUUAUAAGGAUUAGGCUUUAAGUUAAAUGAGAAGCAUUAUCCAAUCCAGAUAAUACUUUAAGGAUUACAGUUAAAAUUAAUACUUUAUAUAAAUUAUUGCUAGAAUCAUCGCCUCCGAUAAGAGUUUCUCCUGUGUAUGUUAGGCUUUGUACAGCUAAACUAAUCUACCUGAAGGCAUGUCUUUUACUUUAUUUUAAAUCCUUUCAAACUUAUUUAUUCUCAAUCAUUAUUAAGAGUAUUCAGAAAUUAAAUCAACUUUUGAAUAGGCUUCGUUUUCCGUUUCUAAUUUGGAAAUGUACAUACUCAACUUUUGUGAACUGGAUGAAGACUUAAAUAAACUAAAAUUAAAGACACAUUAAUAGAUUUAACAAUAUUUUAAAAUGUAACCAUCAAACUAAACAGAUAAUCCAAAUAAUCAUACUUAUUUCCAUCCCUUAUUAUUUUUAAAUCAUUAAUCAACUGCCUAAUCAAUUGGAGAGCAUUUAACUUCAUAGAAACGAUCAGACUAUUUUAUUUAAUUUGGAAAUUCAAUUGAACAGCUUAGAGAUUUUGGGUAACUAAAAGGAGUGAAUUUGGAAUUGAUGGAGUUUUUUGCAUUAGAUACGAAUAUAAACCUAAUUAUUUCAGAAAUUCAACCAUCUCUUAAUUCAGCAACAGAAAUCAAAUUAAUUGAAAGAUUGAUAAACAUAAGUGCAUAUUUGAAAAAAGAAACAUUAUAAAUUUAAGAAUCCUUAAAACAACUAUAAAUGAGCAAAGAGUAAGAUUAAUAAAGUAUAUAAUUGAUUUUGAAUAAAUAUGGUAGCCCAAAACAAGUAUUGGAGGAAGAAGCAGAAGUUUUAUAACUAAAAUCUCUAUAAAGUGUUAAAAUGAAUAAGAUGAAAGCUAAAUUUAAAUAAAAAAUUGAGUCAUUUUAACAAAAUGAUAUUGCGGCAACUGAUAAUCAAAAAGAUGUAUAACUAUAACAUGAUACUUGUGCAUUAUGUAGAUUAGAUUUGGAGGAUAAUCAAAAUAACUGCAUUCCAAUUUUGAUUUAAUCAAGUCCCUAUUCAAAAUACUAUCCAAUUUAUCCAGCUGAUUUAAGAAAUGAUAUCAUGAAGGAUGAGUUAAAUUUAUUGAAAAUUUCAAUCGUUAGCUGCAAACACAAAUUUCAUGAUAAGUGUUUAAUUGCUACUUAUUCAUAUUCAUAAAAAUAGAAACUUCUACCAUUAUGGUUUCAAUUAUAAUGUCCAGUUUGCAAAUAGGCUAGUGAAACACGAUUAUCAAUCAACAAAAAUAAAAGCAAUGAACAAUAUGAUGAAUUUAAUAAUUGGUUAUUAAUACAAAGUUAAAAUUUUGGAAUAAAGAACUACCUUAAAGAAAAGUAUGGAGAAUCUAUUGAACAUAAAUUAAAAGAAAUUUACCUCUCUUUAUUAGUUGAUCUCUUACUUUAAUUAUUUAUGGAUUCUUUAGAAUUCAUAAGACAAGAUAAACAUUUUGUAUUUCUAAAUAUACUAGAUUUUUUAUUUUAAAUUAGUAAAAACAUCACAAUUAAUCGUUUUGAAUUCCAGAAUUAAUAGUCAAUAUUUUUAAAUAUACUCAACUUAAUAAUAGAAUUAUUAAUAUUGAAUAACCAAUAAUAAAAAUCUCUAGCUCAAUUUCUUGAGAACAAUUAGAAUUAAAUAAAAUCUUAAAUCUUUUAAUUUGAUUUACCAUUUUAAAUUACAAAUGAAUUACUAAAAUGUUUUGCAAUAAAUAUUGAAAAAGAAUAAAAUUAAAUCGUUUAAGUCAACUAAUAUAUUGAAUAAUUUAAUAGACAUGUUAUGAUAAAUAUUGUGAAGAAUUAGAUUACUGAUAAAUUAGGAUACAAAUUUAAAUAAUUUUAUGAUCAUUAUUUUAAUGAGCCAUGUUCGUUUUGUAAAGGCUUUUCAAAUGCAUCUAAAAGUUCUGAUUAAUUUGUAUGCUUACUCUGCUUUUAAAAGGUUUGUGAUGUAGAAUGCAAAAAAUUGUUUUCUAAAAAUGGGAAUAUGAAUGUUCACGCGUAGCUCUAUCAUUAAGGAAAUACUAUAUUUGCAAGUCUUAAGACAGGCCAACUCGCAUUGUUGUCUUCACCAUUAACUUGUUUUGGAUACAAAAACUUAUAUCAAAAUAAAUUUGGAUAAUUAAUAAAAAUCACAAAUAUGGAGACCUAAUGGGAAGAUUAUUAUAUCAAUAAUAAAGUCUUAACAGACACAGCUGAAAUCAUGAUUUCAAAUUCACUGAAGUAAAUAAUAAAAAAUCACAAGUUAAAUUAUAACCAGUUAGAUCUAAGGGGAUUCUUUUGA